ACAUCAAUUUUGCUAACGUCAGUGCCGCAACACCAGCUACUCAACGCAAGAAAGCUUUCAUGAAUUAACUUGAUUUCUGUUUCUGAUUUACUGGCGUGCAUCUAAGUUAAAUCAAAAUUGGUGAUAGUAAUUAAAAAUUAGCAAUGAAAUACUUUUUAUUGCUAAGCUGCCUUCUAUUUCUAUCAGGAUGGAGUUGGGCGCAGGCAGUAGACGAGGGCACUGCAGAGGUGACGGUGGACGCUGACCUCGGCGCGUCGCGGGAAGGGUCACGCACAGAUGCGGAGGCGGUGCUGCGCGAGGAGGAGGCGAUCUCGCCGGACGGGCUGAGCGUGGCGCAGCAGCGGGAGCUCAAGGCCAAGGCGCAGAACUACACCUUCCAGACCGAGGUCAACCGCAUGAUGAAGCUCAUCAUCAACUCGCUCUACAGGAACAAGGAGAUCUUCCUCCGCGAGCUGAUCUCGAACGGGUCCGACGCCCUGGACAAGAUCCGGCUGCUGUCGCUGACGGACCGCUCGGUGCUGGAGGCGGAGCCCGAGCUGGCCGUGCGCAUCAAGGCGGACCCCGAGCGCCGCCAGCUGCACAUCAUGGACUCCGGCGUCGGCAUGACGCGCCACGACCUCGUCAACAAUCUCGGCACCAUCGCCAAGUCCGGCACGGCCGACUUUCUCGCCAAGAUGCAGGACGCUGAAAAGACGGGUGCGCAGGAGAUGAACGACAUGAUUGGGCAGUUCGGCGUGGGCUUCUACUCGGCGUUCCUGGUGGCGGACAAGGUGACGGUGGUGUCGAAGCACAACGCCGACCGCCAGCACGUGUGGGAGUCCGACGCCAACUCCUUCAGCGUGGCCGAGGAUCCCCGCGGCGACACCAUGACGCGGGGCACACACAUCACGCUGCACAUGAAGGAGGAGGCGGUGGACUUCCUGCAGGCCGACACGAUCCGCGCGCUCGUCAAGAAGUACUCGCAGUUCAUCAACUUCCCCAUCUACUUGUGGGCUUCCCACACAGAGACUGUUGAAGAGGAAGAGGCGGACGAGACAGACAAAGCGGACGCAGACGAGGACGCCCAGGUGGAGGAUGCGGACGAGAAGAAGGAGGCCAAGAAGACUGAGAAGACCGUGUGGGACUGGGAGAUCAUGAACGACAACAAGCCCAUCUGGAGCAGGAAGCCCAGCGAGGUGGCGGAGGAGGAGUACGUGUCGUUCUACAAGAGCCUGACCAAGGACGGCGCGGCGCCGCUGGCGCACGCGCACUUCGUGGCGGAGGGCGAGGUGACGUUCCGCGCGCUGCUGUUCGUGCCGCGCGUGCAGCCCGCCGACAGCUUCAACCGCUACGGCACCAAGACCGACCACAUCAAGCUGUUCGUGCGCCGCGUCUUCAUCACCGACGAGUUCAACGACCUCAUGCCCAACUACCUCUCCUUCAUACAGGGCAUCGUGGACAGCGACGACUUGCCGCUCAACGUGAGUCGAGAGACGCUGCAGCAACACAAGCUGAUCAAGAUCAUCAAGAAGAAACUCGUCAGGAAGGCACUGGACAUGCUAAAGAAGAUUCCGGACGACGAGUACUCGCAUUUCUGGAAGGAGUACUCCACCAACAUAAAGCUGGGCGUGAUGGAGGACCCCAGCAACCGCUCGCGGCUGGCCAAGCUGCUGCGCUUCCACUCGUCGCGCGGCGACGCCAUGACCUUCCUGCAGGACUACGUGGCGCGCAUGAAGCCCGGCCAGAGCCACAUCUACUACAUCGCCGGCGCCAGCCUUGCUGAGGUGAAGAAUUCCCCGUUCGCGGAGCGGCUGGUGUCGCGCGGGUACGAGGUGCUGUUCCUCACCGAGGCCGUGGACGAGUACUGCCUGUCCUCGCUGCCCGAGUACGACGGCAAGAAGUUCCAGAACAUCGCCAAGGAGGUGUUCGACCUGGAGGAGAGCUCGCAGCAGCGCGAGCGCCUGGAGGCGGACAAGAAGGAGUUCGAGCCGCUGACGGCGUGGCUGGCGCGGAAGCUGGCGGCCUGGGUGACGCGCUGCGCCGUGUCGCGGCGCCUGGCGCGCUCGCCCGCCGCGCUGGCCGCCACCGCCUUCGGCUGGACCGGCAACAUGGAGCGCCUGGCGCUCUCCAACGCGCAUCAGAAGGCGGACGACGCGCAGCGCAAGCACCACCUGUCGCAGAAGAAGAUGCUGGAGAUCAACCCGCGCCACCCGCUGCUGCUGGAGAUGCUGCAGCUGGUGCGCCGCGACCCCGACAGCCCGCUGCUGGCCGACGCCGCGCUCACGCUGUACCGCACGGCCGCGCUCAGGUCGGGCUACAUGCUGCAGGAGGGGCAGGCGAUGGAGUUCGCGGACAGCGUGGAGCGCAUGCUGCAGCAGGCGCUGGGGCUGCCGCCCGACGCCGCGCCGCUGCCCGACGACGACAGCGCCGGCGACGACGACGGCGGCGACGCGGAGGAACUCAAGGCCGAAGAGCACGAGGAGCUGUAGGCUGCGGCAGCAUGUGUGUGUAAACUGUGGAGAAAGUGUGCGUGAACACAGACUGGUUGCAUUUAUUUUAUACUCGUUCCCGAGUGACGGUCGCCUAGUGAUGUAAAUAAAUAUUUAUUUUAUACGUC